AUGCCUGUUGACAAAAUUCUGGCACAAAUUAAAGAUAAGCACUACUUCAAAUGGCCAAGGCCAUUACAUUCAUCACCCAAUGUACGUGAUAAGAAAAGAUAUUAUUGUUUCCAAAAGGAUCACUGCCACUACACGGAAGAUUGUAGGGACCUGAAGGAGCAGAUAAAGGAACUCAUACGAAAAUGGAAGUUGCAGAGGUUUGUAAAGAAGGGAGAGCCCAGCAGGUCCAAGGAUGAUGACAAGGACAAGCGCGAAGUCUCACCAAGGGAUGAAGACCACGUAUCCCAACGUCCAUCAAGUAUGAUCGAGGAGAUAAAGACGAUCACAGGUGGGUCGUUCAGAUCCUUCAAGAAAUCAUAUCAGAGGCAGGUGAACAACAUCCAUAGGACACCACCCUUGAAGCAAAGACAGACGGACAGGGACAUGUUUUUCUCAAAAGAAGACGUCAGAGGAGUGAAGCAGCCACAUGACGACCCCUUGGUCAUAAUGCUUAUGAUAGAAGGGUUCAACACCAGGAGAAUCCUCGUGGAUAAUGGUAGCUCUGCAGACAUCAUCUACCUCUUUGCUUUUCAACAGCAAAAGUUGGAUCCAGGAAGGCUGCGCCCUUUUGAGUCCUCUUUCGUCAGCUUCAAUGGAGAUAGGGUGUAUUCCAAAGGCAUAAUGAUGUUGACAGUCAUGGUGGGGUCUUAUCCGCGACAAUUGACUUGUCAGUUAGACUUCCUAGUAGUAGAUUACCCCUUCUCAUACAAUGUGAUCAUCGGGAGACCCACACUUAAUCUUUGGAAGGAAGCCACAUCCACUUAUUGCCUAAAGGUAAAGUUUCCAAUGGAAAAUGGUGUAGGUGAAGUAAAAGGAGAUCAAGUAUUGGCUAAGGAGUGCUACCAAGCAGUGUUGGUUGCAAAAAAAAAAAACCACACAUGGAUGAUUAAGGAAAAAGAAGAGGAGAAGGAGGAAGCCCUGAAAACUAUAGAGCUGGUAAACGGAGAGCCAACGAAGACUACAAGAAUAGGGAUGACCAUGAGUACAAACAUGAAGAAGAAACUAGUCUAA